AUGACCUCCUCCUCCUCCUCCUCCUCCUCCUCGCCGUGCUCGGGGCUGAAGGCCGAGCUGAAGCUGCUGGCGUCCAUCUUCGGGCGCGAGCACGAGCGCUUCCGCGUCGUCUCGUGGCGCCCCGACGAGCUGCACUGCCACUUCCUCCCCCGCCGGACCCCCCCCCGCGCCCCCCCCGCGCCCCCCGCCCUCUCCAUCCGCUGCAACAUCACGGAGUCGUAUCCCUCGUCCUCGCCAAUAUGGUUUGUGGAAUCAGAUGACCCGAACUUGACGUCCGUGUUGGAGCGCUUAGAGGAUAUUAAGAAAAGCAAGACUCUGCUUCUCCAGCAGCUGAAGCGAUUGAUAUGCGACCUCUGCAGGCUCUACAAUCUUCCCCAGCAUCCUGACGUCGAAAUGCUAGACCAGCCGCUGCCGGCGGGCCAGAACGGCACGACUGAAGAGGUCACGUCGGAGGAAGAGGAGGAGGAAGAUAUGGGUGAAGACAUCGACCUGGAUCAUUACGAUAUGAAGGAAGAGGAGCCCGUGGACGGGAAGAAGUCGGAGGACGACGGCAUCGAGAAAGAAAACCUGGCCAUCCUGGAAAAAAUCCGGAAGAAUCAAAGGCAAGACCACCUAAACGGUGCAGUCUCCGGGUCGGUGCAGGCGUCGGAUCGGCUUAUGAAAGAACUCCGGGACAUUUAUAGGUCGCAGAGCUACAAGACAGGGAUUUAUUCAGUGGAGCUUGUAAACGACAGCCUGUAUGAAUGGCAUGUAAAACUUCUAAAGGUUGAUCCCGACAGCCCGUUACAUAGUGAUCUCCAAGUCUUAAAAGAAAAAGAAGGCAUAGAAUAUAUUUUACUCAACUUCUCUUUUAAGGAUAACUUUCCCUUCGACCCUCCAUUUGUAAGAGUGGUUUCACCGGUGCUCACUGGCGGGUACGUUCUCGGCGGAGGUGCCCUGUGCAUGGAGCUUCUUACUAAACAGGGCUGGAGCAGUGCCUACUCGACGGAAUCGGUCAUCAUGCAGAUCAACGCUACGUUGGUCAAAGGCAAGGCCAGAGUUCAGUUCGGAGCAAAUAAGAACCAAUAUAACCUAGCAAGAGCACAGCAGUCCUAUAAAUCUCUAGUACAGUUACAUGAGAAAAAUGGUAUGUAUGGCUGGUUCACACCUCCGAAAGAAGACGGUUAAUUUUUCCGACUUGCCUACCCUCGGACCAAUGUCGACGAAAAAAGAUUUCCCUUCCAACACAGAUUCAAGCUAUGAAUGCCCUUGUUAACAGCCAUACUGAAGAUUCUAGCUAAUAGAUAAAUAGUUGGGUAAUCUGUUGACUGAUGCACGCAGUAUAAGUUACAGCCGUACAA